CCGAUCGUCCCAAUAUGGCGGAGGUGAGCGGGGAAAGCGGGUUGGGGUGCCGGGGAUCGGCCGGCUCCCCGCGGGACGCCGCAAGAGGCAGGCCCUCCAUGGCCGCCUCGACAUCCUCGUAAGGUGCCUCCGGAACGGCCCGGUGGCGCGGGGUGGGAGUCCGUCGUGGCGGCGGAGCGGCCGCCGACGCCGGGUAGUGGGAGUCUACGCGAGUAGGCCGCACGGCGGGCGCCGCGCAGCGCGGGUGCCGGGUUCGCAGCUCGCCGGCGUCCGACAGGCCGCGACCGGUCGUGCAGGGGGGCGCGGCCGCCGCCCCGGGCUCUGCGGGACACAGGGCGGGCUGGCGGCGCGGGCGUUGAGAAAACUCUCGCUGGGAAAAAGGAGGAGAGAGCCUCGGGCUGGGAGAGAGGAAGAGGCGGCAGACGGCUCGACUGCCGCCGUCACAGCUUGUGCCUGUCAUGUCCCGCUCGGUCGGGGCUGGCCGGAGUAGGAGUGCCAGCAGGGCCGGGCGCGGGUCCUGCGGAGGGUUCUGCGAGUGGCGGUCGGGGAGCGAGCGAGGAAAAGAGGUAUAGAGAAGGCUGAAGGGAAUGGAAGGGCCAGCAGAGUGGGACGCACGGACUAAGACUGCCGGUGAGCAGCGAAAAAGGGUAUGGCUUCCUUUGGGAGUUCGAGCCCAGGUUCGUCCUCGUCCAUCUCCUGCUCCGGCACCUGGCCUGCUACCCGCACACCGCUCUCUUUCCUGCUCCCUCCCAAAUUUAUCCCCUCGUAGCUUUCCUACCGCUUCAUGUGCACACAAUUAGCCACCUGCCAGAUUUUUGAGAGAAGGAGAUGUGCGUUAUGGAGUCCUUUCCUUAUCUCUGGUUGCAAUUAGUAAUUGGCUACUCGGGACCCAAAAGGAAAACAAAGUUUUGUAGUACUUUUAAGUCAGUGUCUCAGUAAAGCCAUGUAGCUGGAAGAGAGACUGCUUCUUUUGUUACUGAAAACUACAGGCUUGUUUGGCUCUUUAUCAUCUGAGGAUCAUGACUUUGACCCAUCUGCUGAAAUGCUGGUACAUGAUUAUGAUGACGAGCGAACUCUUGAAGAGGAGGAAAUGAUGGAAGAAAGCAAAAAUUUCAGCUCUGAAAUUGAAGAUUUAGAAAAGGAAGGAAACAUGCCAUUGGAAGACUUACUGGCAUUUUAUGGCUAUGAACCCACGAUUCCAGUUAUGACGGGUUCCAAUGCGGAUAGCUCUCCAAGUGAACUUGCAGAUGAACUUCCAGAUAUGACUCUAGAUAAAGAGGAAAUUGCUAAAGACCUCUUGUCAGGUGAUGAUGAAGAGACACAGUCCUCUGCUGAUGACUUGACACCAUCAGUUACUUCGCAUGAAGCUACUGACUUCUUUCCUCGGCCAUUAAGAUCAAACACUACAUGUGAUGGAGAUAAGGAAUCAGAUGGUGAAGAUGUAGAGGCAGACAAUGGUAAUUCAUCAGAAGAUUUGAGAAAGGAAAUAAUGGUUGGUUCACAGUACCAGGCUGAAAUUCCACCUUACCUUGGCAGAUACAGCAAUGAUGAAAAGGCCUGUGAAAAUGAAGACCAUUUACUUUGGAAACCUGAUGUAAUCUCAGAAAGUAAAGUUAAAGAAUACCUUUUUGAAACGUCCCUAAGAACAGGAAAUGAAAAAAUGAUUGGCAGAAUUCCUGAAGGACUACAUACACGGGACAAUGAACAAGCACUCUACGAACUUCUGAAAAGUAGCCAUAAUGUUAAAGAAGCAAUUGAGAGAUACUGCUCAAAUGGAAAGGCUUGUCAUGAAGAAAUGACAGCAUGGACAGAAGAAGAAUGCAGAAGCUUUGAACAUGCACUUCUGAUUUAUGGAAAAGACUUUCAUCUCAUACAGAAAAACAAGGUAAGAACCAGAACAGUUGCUGAAUGUGUGGCUUUCUAUUACAUGUGGAAAAAGUCAGAACGUUAUGAUUACUUUGCUCAGCAAACAAGAUUUGGAAAGAAGAGGUACAACCAUCAUCCAGGAGUUACGGACUACAUGGAUCGUUUGGUGGAUGAAGCAGAAGCCCUGGGUGGAGCAGUGCCUUCUGCAGCCUUAACAUCUAAUAAUCGAACAGAAACAAUUCCUGAUCAACAGCUAAGCAUUCUGAAUUCUAUCACUGCCAAUGACUUGACAGCAUUGACAAAUAGUGUAGCUACAGUUUGCCACACUUCAGACAUGAACUGCCUGGAUGAUGCCUUUCCUCCUAUGGACAGCUUAUCGCGAGCACCAGUUAAUCAUGUGCCUGUUGGAACAGAAGAAUUGCUUAAUUUGCCUAGCAAUGGUGAAAGUGAUUGUUUUAAUUUAUUUGAGACUGGAUUUUACCAUUCAGAGCUAAACCAAAUGAACAUGUGCAGUGAGGAGACAGAAAGACCUGCAAAGAGAUUGAAAAUGGGAAUUGCAGUCCCAGAAUCAUUCAUGAAUGAUGUCUCUGUAAAUAACCUUGGUGUGGACUUUGAGAACCACACACACCAUAUUACCAGUGCCAAAAUGGCUGUUUCGGUGGCUGACUUCAGCAGUCUAUCUGCAAAUGACACAAAUGGUUUUAUCAAUACCCACACUCUUCACCAACAUGCUGCCCUUCACUCAGAAUGACUGUGGGAAGCUAAACAAACAGUGGGUACUAUAUGCAGUAGUAGUAAACUUGAUGUAAAUGAUCAGGUUUGCUUAGUCUUUCACUGGAAGUUUGAACUUUAUGACAUCAGUGAUGUCUUUGUAUGUAUAGAACUAUAUCUUGAUUAUCAAGAGUAAUUUCUUUUUUCAGUCCAUAAAUGUGGAAAUGUCAUAGGAUGUUCAGCAGAGUUUGGGACUAAGAGAACUCUGUGGUGCAGCUUUAAGCUCUGCUUCAGUUUUUUUUAAAGCCUGUAGAUGGAGGCCACCAUUUUGAAACCAGCACAGAAAUUCUGAAUGGAUUGGAGUGGCUUUUUAGUCUAAGUUACUUUUGCCGUAAUGGAUGCAGUGGAGUAACAAUGUUUACAGGUACCAAUCCUGAUCCCUGCUCAAUGUAGCAUUUUAAUUUUUUAAUUUUUUUUUUAAUAAAAGCAGGGAUGGGCUUCUUUAAUUUAAACUGCACAAACAUACAAGGAUGUUUUUUAAGUGGAAUCUCCUCUCAUAUGACCCUAAACUAGAGCACUUCAGUUUACAAAACAGCAAGUUCAUCUUGGUAGAAGCUAGCACAAGGGACUUGAAAUGAGUAAAGUGAAAAUACCUACACUUUGAUGCUGUUGCAAAAUUAUAGGCCAUGGCUAUCCACAAGUAAUUGUGCUGCUAUAGGUGUCUGUGUACUUAAAACUUCCUGGCUUAAACAGAUGCUGUUUAAGCUAUAUUGCAUUCAGAUGCGUUUUGUUCACAACGUUGAAGAGUAAUGUAAUCAUGUACCUAACUUCCCUAAGGCGGCAGGUGUUGUAUAAUGCUACAGUCUGAACACAAUUUACCACUAAACAAUCUGCAUUUGUAAAACAUCUCAAGUUGUUUGGAGCUCUGCAGUUCAAGUGUUACACUUUUGAUAGACUGUCUAGAUUAUAUAGGAAUAGUAGAACCUUGAAGUAUGUAUUUGAUUUUUUUUUUCUUCAGCCUAGAUUGCAUUUAUUUCUUUUGGCUACUCAUUGGCUCAAAAAUGGCAUUUUGCUGCCUUGGUUAAAUAGGAAAGGAUAAAUGUUUCCCACAAAAACAGCUAUUUAAUAACUUCUUUUUUUUUGUUGUUGUUGUUAUUUUGAACACUGAGUUCAAUUUAACUAUGCAGGAAGUAUGUCUUGCAAAUGUUUGUUCAAACAACACAUAAGAUUGGCUUUUAUCUUGAUGUUGUAGCAUACAACUAGCAGAGUUUUUUAGUGAGAAUCUGAACCUUACUUCAGUAGGAUUGCCCCUUUUCCCUUCAAGCUUUUUCUUUGCACUGUUUCUAUUACAGAUCAAUUGCCACUAAUUUGUUUUCAUUAUUCAAGUGUUGUUAAUAUUUGUAAUAGUUGCUUCAAGGUUGUGCUGAGUAAUUAGAAAGUAGUGACUUUAAUAUUUGAAAGGGAAGAGGGUAUUUAUGGUGCAUACUGUGAACUGCAUUGACAUCCUGAGUUUUGGAUGCAGCAUAUGGAGUUUUCUUUACAACAUCAUAGUAAAGAUUGCUUUGAAGUGUUUAUGCAAGAGCACAUUUAAACAAAGUAGUUCAGCACAGUGGACAAAAGUAGGUAUAAAUUUUCAAUCAGUUCUUAAUUUGCACAUAUGAAAUGCCUAACUUCAGUAAGUACACAGUAAAUAAUGGGUAGCCUUGUCCCUGUGUUGUACUUAACAUUUUUAGCCAAGUUGUCAGCUUCUUGUUGCUGUGUUUUGUGCUGAACUUUGUACCUUCUUUCUUUUGUUUAUGAAUCAACACAUUUUAAUGUAAUUUUGUAAAAUACUGGCCAUAAUCCUCCAUUGUUAUAAAUUCAAGUUUAUCUAUGGGUUUACAGUGAGUGGCUGGUCUGUAUAAAAAUCAUUAUACAAAGAUGAGUGAAUGCUUAUACCAGUUGCACUUAAAUGAACAUGCCCAUUCUCAUUAGCUGAUGCAGUAAUAUAUUCAGUUUAUCUAUGCAUUGCUGGGUUCUUAAUGUAGACAGUGAAUUGUCUAAGGUUUGAGAUGUCAGCAAGUUGAAUGGACACUUUAGUUAUUUAAUAAAGACUUUUGACCAAAAUUCAGUAAGUGAUAUGAGAGAAAAAUGGAUUCCAGCUAGUCUAAUAGAUUUUUAAAUGCUGAUGUUUUUUAGCCCAUUGGCUAUCUAGCUGGUAUCGUUUACUUUUAAUUCCUUGUUAAAAAGAGGCAAUAAUUUGCAAGAUUUUGUAAAUAUGUAAAUCCUUCAUAUCUUUUUAGAUAUCUAUUUCAAUAUUUUCUGACUACUUCUGUGUAUAGUAACAUUUUUGUGCAUGCUUGAUGUGAUAUUCAUGAAUUUGUACCACUAUGACUUUAUCCAUGUAAAAUAGCUAUUUAUUGAACUUUUCUUUAAAGCUGGACUUGCUUAUUUUUCUCUCAGUUUAAACAUUUAAAUGGGGAACUUGUUACCGUUUAUUAAAAGAAUUGCGUUUCGAAAGUUGGCAUGCAGAUAGCUGAAUUGCAGCAGUGUGAGGAAACUCUAUUGCCCUGGUUCUGAGAUGGUAAAGCACAAUUCUUAUAACAAACUGUGAUGACUUCUUUGUCCCUUGCCAUGCCUUCUCUCCGUACAAGCAAACCAAAAAAGAAAUCCAUACUGGGCAAUUGCAGUGUUGGUAAACGUAUCCUUUUUAUGUACAGGGAAUCUGGAGAGGGUAGCCGAUUCAUUUAGAAGUGUAACUGGUGCUGUGAUUAUAGCAAUACUUUUACUUUCUUUAGUCAUACGUUCAUCUUCUCAUGCUAGCUUUUCAAUGUUUCAUUUUCUUGUCAUGGUCAAACUGCUGAAUUUACUUGAAGGAUGUACAAUACUAUUUUAAAGAAAACUAAAUUGUGUACAAUUAGGUCAAUGAAUCGUGCAAUUGUUUCCUGUUUUUAGUUUUUAAAACUGAGGGUCAAAAAUAUAGGAAAACUUAAGAUAAAUAGUACAUGGUGAUACUACUUAAUUUAACCAAAGGCUAGUGAUUAUUUCAACUCUGAAUGUAAACUAAUGAAUAAACUGACCAACAGGGACAUUUUGCCCAGCAUUACAAGCACAUUGUCUACAGAGACAGGGAAACUAAAUACAGUAAUUUAUAAAAUAAUGACAAGGAUACUAUUUUUUUUUACUCCUAUUUUUCAUUCAAUGGAGGAAGAAUAAUAUUGCCGCGUGUAAAAUACAGUUGGAAUGGUUACAGUCCUCCUAAUGAAAGAGAUUCAAGUCAUUGUCGGUUGAAAGUAAGUACCCUGUACAUAACAACAAACAUAGUGACAAUCGGAACAUGUUUUAGUACCAGAUGUUCAAGAGGAAGUCGCUGUUGUUGCAUUGAUUUUAGUAUUUGUACAUAGACACUGAUUUUUUUUUUUUGAGCAUUAUUUUGUAUUUGUUGUACUUUAAUACCUGGUGUACAGUUCCAGAAAUAAAUGUCUGGAAACCUUU